AUGCCCGGAGCUACCACGGAAGAUCCGCCAAUAGCUCUGGCAGAUCAUAUCAUUACGAUUGAUGCUUCUGUAGAAUAUAAAGGAUCCUUUUCUAAAAAAAUUGGAAAUGAUGCCGUUUACCUCACAUCAGAAGACCCAAUCUUUGGGAAGUUUCUUGCAAUUGUUUACAAGGCUCGACCAAACUCAGACUUACUUUCAGCCAUUGUAAUUGGCCGUAACGGUGUUAACGAAUCUGUAGAUAUGACGCUCAACCCCAAAUCUCGUUAUUACUCGGCAUGUCUAAACCUUCCACAAGAAAUGGCCUCUUCAAUGGUCCGUAAGGCCCUCGCUGUCGCAUGUCUACGAACUUAUGCAAAUAUGGAAAUGACCAUUAAAAAAUACCUUACAGAAGCUUCAGAUGAAGCUCUACAGUUUGAUUGGGACGAAACAACUGCAGGCCAUCUAGCUGCUUCCUUAACCCCAGCCACUGGACGCUUCCCAGGUGAAAUCGGAAACACUGUUAUAGAUUGUGGUCUUCUUCAACCAAAAUUCAUUCGUUCUAUCGUCAUUGAUAUUGUCUACCAAGAUCUCGAUUCUACAAAUGAUUCAAAUAAUGAGCUUGUUUACCUCUUUGGUAAUCAACUUGAGCAUCUCUUUGACCCCCUUUCAGAAUACUCUCCGGAACCAACAGAACUCUUAUACUCACCGCCACCACAUCCUUCAGUUAUGCGUCCAGGCGAUGAUCGCAUAGUCCAGUCUGUUUGUCAAGAACUUUUCUCUCUUCAAUCUCAUUUUACAACAGAUUUACUUUGCUUCCUUCAAGAUUACCUCAUUCCUCUUCGUGUCAAGGCCUUAGGAGGUGAAAUCCCAGACUUGACCAUUCGACGAUUAAACACCAUUUUUCCUCCAACAAUCGACGAGGUUGUGCGCGUUAACAAUAUAUUUUAUGAGGCUCUCGACGCGUCCAUUGGAUACGGAUCUUACGAGGUCAUGAAAGCAUGUGGUGUUUCUAUCCCUUACUUUUAUAAGGCUUGCAUGCGUCACGAAGCAGCUACCAGAAACUUUACUCAAGUAAUUAACGAAAACUAUGAUCUUCUCAAAGUUCAUGCUCCCAUGAUGGGCCGGUACACAAUCCAUCGGAUGGAAUCAAUCAUCCACUUUAGUCUCCAUCUCACUAAAAUCAAACUUGUUUUAGAACGACUCAUCAAAAUUGUGGAUUGGCAGCCAGAUGAAACCCCUAAAGUUGAAGAAUUCUAUCUUUCUGCAGUCGGAACCAUUGACUCCUUUGGCCGCGAGCGUCAAGUCAGUCCAUACGACAACCGUAUUUUCACACCCACAGGCAAGCUCCUUGUGGAAAUCUCCAAAGGCUGGCCCCAGGAGCUUGAAUACGGCUGGAUUAAUCGUAGAGUGGUUUCAAUCUUUGAUGUCCAGGAUCUGACUGCUGACGACCGCGCAAUCAUAAACAUUAUCUUCAUCUUUACCGACUCUGUUGUCAUUACAAAGCCCACUCAGCCUAUUAGCAUGACUUCCGAUUCUGGUAUUCACAAACCAUCUAUUGCGGAUAUGCUCAUGCAUUCCAUGAUCAACUCCAUGCCUCUUGUCAAUGUACCGGACUUGGUCGUUGUUGGAUGGGCUCCCAUUGAAGACGUUCAUUUUGCUACCUAUGGUAGCCCAAUGAACCUUGCAAUGUACAUCACUGGUAAUGGUCUUAAGCUCAAUACACAAGAAGACUCUCCAGGACCUAGCCCAACAGCAUCGACUUAUACACCAAUCCAGAGGUUCAUGAAGAAACCGCAACCCCUCUCUUCAGCAAAUACUUCUUCUUCUACAAGCACAACGAGAGCAUUUACUCACCUAAAGCUUUUCCGACUUAUUCGACCUGGCAUAGAUGCUGACACUGUCGCCAAUUACAUUUCCAAAGCAAAAAUUAUGAACAAGACUCAGCCAUUCCAUCUUUUCCAAAGCAGCCAGCCAAAUCUUACCACUUAUGCAACCGUUCACGAGUACCAAGGGUACCGGUUAGAAUCGCGCAAGUGCCCCAUUGCCAUUUUUGCCAAUCUCAAAAUCUCUCCAGCACUCCUUGACAAUUAUAACCUCAUUGCUUGUAUUGGUGUGCAAAUUUACAACUCUAACUUGGUCCUCAUUCGUGUUGUUUCUAAGCUUGGGUAUGAUGCAAAAAGUGUGGUCAGUAAAGAGAACUUUGCAGCCAGCAUUUCGUCGCACAUUGCGCGUAUUUACUCGCUCUACUUUUCUUCAGGGAAUGAACUCAACACUUCCAUGAUUGCCCAAAACAAUGCCGAAAUUGCAGAGUACCUUGUACGGUUUGCAACCUCCGAGGUAAAGCAUGUUGCUGCACCUAGGCGGCAUGUGUCGCGCGGGCGCGUCAAUCGGUUUACAAUUGCAGAAAUGCCCGAGCAGGAACAAAAAGCUCAUCAAAAACAACCUACCCCUGUUGUUGUCACUCAGCGACCCCAGUCCCAGCCUUUACCUAAAGUUCAGUCCCUGAUUGAACCUCCUUCACGAACUGUUUCGCAACCAAUGAGAAACGCAACUCCAAAGCCGGCACCUACACCUGUACGUGCAGUAUCUCAACCAGAAGCAACUUCAAAAGCCAGACCGGCUUCUAUUGCUGUUACUUCUGCUAAUACUUCCACUUCUAACGUAAAUACUACUGCACCUUCUUCCAAGCGAUGGUCUCUUAAAAAGCGUGUUUCUGCGUCCUCACUUCUUUCAAGAUUCUCUCACAAAUCGAGAGAUUCUUUACGAGAAUCUUCACGACCAAGCUCAACGGUUGACCCUUCAACCCCUCAACAGUCUACGUUCCCCUCAACAUCCACAUUGACAAGUCCUGCGACUCUCAAGUCUACAUCGUUGGCAACAACACCCGUUUUCUCUAAUGCUUCUUCAAGUACUCCAAGUACUCAGUCAGCUCGUCGCAAGUCUUCAUUUAGCUUUUUACGCCGCGGCUCAUCAUCAUCAUCCAAAGCACCUUCCCCCAGAUCCUCAGACGUUUACUCUAUCCCUGAUGCAAAUUCAAGUGCUCAAUCCGUUGCUACUGUCACAUCAGUGACAUCCAUUCAAACAGCUACUCCGGAACAGCCAGAUUCUAGCACCAGACAUAGCUAUCCCACGGGUGGCAACCAGCAACCAAUUUUUUCAGCGCCUGUGCAAAACCCUGCAAACCAAAUUGUGCGCCGCAAAAAAUCCUUUAUGGUCCCAUUUUCGCCUGCAAUUCCUGAAGAACCUUUUGACUUUAGUGAGGAUGCUGGUGGUGUGGGUAAUACUACUACUAUCCAGUUGCCCAAGCCAUACCGCAACAGCACUCCCAAUACUGCACAACACGUUGCAGCUAUUGUUUCUCGACGACCUUCUUCUCUUCUUCGACACACUGAGCCAGCAGACUCUUCCGACACAUCGACAGAGACUCCCAAUACUUCGACGGAAACGGCCAAGGAAAAUGAAACAACUCCAACCACUCCUGCAGCUGCCAAACAUAAGCGACUGGACUCGCUUCGAGAAAGCCCAUUUUCUCCUGGCGCUGCGGGUAUAAAGAUUAUUGGUGACGAGUCUAUGGAGUACGACUCGGAUGACGAUGACAAGGAGAAUUCAGCAGCUGGCCCAAUCCGUGCUGGGCUCCCCGUUUUGACGCGUCCCCAAGAGAAGGAAGAGGAAAAGCACAAUGAAAAGCAAAAGGAAGAAGAAGAAGAAGAUCAUGUAACUGAUGACCAAGUAGGUGAAUUACCUGAUACUUCUGCUGCUACCACUGCCGCCGCCGCUGCCGCUGCUGCUGCUGCUCUUUUAAAGCCUAAGCGAAAGUACCAGCGACACCAUGCACCAGGCACUACUCAGUCUUAUUCAUCGUCUUCAAAUGGAUCGUCUAGCUUUGCAAGCCAUUCAUAUUCUGUGUCAGUGUCUACUGAUUCCACGUUUGACAAUUCAUCUGUUCAAAACUGGUACAAUGAUUUGCACCGCCAAUCUCUUGAGAAUGCUUCAUUGGAUUCACUCGAUAUGAACUUUGUUCCUGGAAUUGAUUCCAACGAAAUGACCUUUGACGAGGAAGAAGAGGAUACCGAGGACCCUGUUGAAAACAUAACGCGAUUUAUUGAUGAACGUGCUGGCUCCCGGUUGAGACAGUAUCCUAGUUCAUCUAUUGGAUCAAUUGGAUCUUCCGAGUUUUCAGUAUCGCGAAGUACUUCAAAUGAAUCUGCAGUGCCUCAUGGACAGUUUCAACAAACUGUUGAACUAAGACCUUUGUCGGAGUUUGGAGGUGCGUCUUUACAAAAGGUGUCUUCUAUUGGAGCAGUGUCCAGCCAACUACAAGAAGAGCUCCCCCUAUCCAAGUCACAGCCUCUUUCACGUUCAGAGUCUGGGUACUCUAUGAUCCUCUCUGAUGACUUUUCGUACCUGGGCAAUUUGGUAUCUGUUAACGAAAGCGAUACUUCAGGGUUCCUUGAGGCUGGCGGUGGCAUUGGUUUGACUGCAGCCACAAGACGAAACAUGAAUUCAGUGACAAGUCUUUAUCCAGAUUUGAGAGACUCCUCACUCAUCUUUUUGGGCAAGUUUAUUGAUGCUGACGAGUCUAAUGGAUACGGCUGGCUUGCGGAGCUUGCUAAUAGCUCCAAGAGCGCAACUAAUAGUAGUCGGCAGAGUGUUCUUAGUAUGAGCAGCUUGGCGACAUCUAGUAGUUUGCGCAAUCUGCGUGCGUCAUUGAUGCAACAGAGCAGACUAUCUGUGAUUAGCCGACAAAACUCUUUGAGAAGAAUGUCUACCAAUAUGAGCGUUGGAAGCAUGAAUAUGAAUGCCAACUUUAAUACCACCUUGAGUGCUAGCAAUAGCGCGAACUUGGCAAUGCUCAAACGAGACUCGUCAAUUUCCUCUGGCUUGGCAACAACCAUGGAGGAGACCUCGGAUAUGGUAGCGGCUCAUGCUGAUACAAGCAAUGAUACUGUGGAUGGAACAACUCCAACCAUUAUCCAGGUGCCUGACUAUGAUGAAGAGUCCUCAGUGACUAAUACACCUAAAACUGAGCAUGCAGCACUUUUCACAACCCCAGUAACUGUAACUCCAGGUCAAACUCCACUUUUGUAUUCUACUGCAUCAUCCGUGUCGACUCCUAAUUACGGAACGUAUGAGAAUUUUACAGUUUUCAAUACUAGUCACUGCAGUACUGAGUACGAGAGCCCGAGCCAUGAAGCUUCAUUGCAUUAUUCGGCUUCGUAUAAUAAUGCAUCCAGCCCUAUUUUAUCUGGUAACAUUUUGGUCACGCCAAGCAGUAGCAUGGCUGCGGAGAGUGAUAUGGAGGAAUCACCAGGGGUACGGUACUCUGAUUUUAGCCGCAGCGAGAGUUACUCUACAGAGAAAAACAGCCAGGAGGAUGAUUAUUCGACUACCCCGGUGUUUACGUCAUUUGGGGCCCGUCGGAUUUCCUCUGCUAGAACGCCUCCUGCUGAUUUGGUACUGCAGCCAAUUGCCGACACUGAAAUGCCAUCGCCGUCUUCUGAGUCUUCAGGAAGCACAUCCAAGGCUUCUCCUGUAGAGCAGCACAAGACUACAGUGUCACGGAAACAAUCACAGACGUACAUGAUGAGCACGUUUGGGUCGUUGAGCGACAUGACCAACAAUGAACUGGAGCUGCGUGCAUUGUUGCUGUCAAUUGAGAGUAUUAUUAACGAAGAGUUUGCGUCAUUGAUGGCUUCCCCAGAUACUAGCAACGGGUCUAUGGUGCAUUCUUCGGUUUCCCGCAUGUCUCUGGUUUCUUCUUCUAAGUUUGGAGAGGGCGGACGGAAGAAGGUUUUGAGCCAAUUAGAGCGGAUCAAUGAUACAGUAUUUAAGCUAUAUGAGCGUACACGGAUGUUACCGCCGCUUCAAGGCUCAUUGACAUCCACGGACCUGAAGCGGGUUGCUGCAGUUGAGCAGGCGAACCGUGGGGUUUUAAUGGAGUGUGCAUGGACGCUAGUGGGUAUUAUGGAAGCGUACAAAGAUGCAGAGGAAUCCCAGGGUAUUGCGAGUAAUCGUGGGACUAUGGGCGGAAAGUAUGCGACGAUUGUACAGCAAUUUCUUGCGUUGGAGUGGGCUCGCCGGGCAACACUUCAGGAGAAGCUUGGAGGGGCCCAAGGAGUUGAAGAGAUUUGGGCAGUAUAA